AUGGCGUGUUUCAAGCUGGAAGAAGACUACUACUGUCUCCACGCAUACCUUCCGCAGAACACUAGCUCGAGCCUUCAAAAACUUGCUCUCGAAUAUGUCCACUUGUCUCAGAAAGACCUAGAAGCAUUUUGCCGACUGCUGGGUCCUAACCCUGUCUCGGUUCAAAUCUCAGUCACGACAUUGGUAGACGGUAGCUGGUCCAAUGCUCUUGAGAUACUACGAAGUCAAGUUAGUCCUUGCUCACGCAGCAGAGACUGCAAGGUGUCAUUCUUUUACCUAGCUGGUGGAGAGUUUGGUAUGGUACCAGUAUUUGACUAUGAGACCGACGAUGAUAACGAGAGCCAGGACGAGGCUCAGGAAGAUUACGGAUCUUAA